AGCCGCCGCCGAUAGGUAGUCGUAGUCGUUGUUGGUCGUCGUCGUGCGGAGUUGACGAAGAAUCGCGCUCGUGAAACAUCGUGAAGUUUUUUUUUUUUUCGAGGGGUUUACGAACGUCGCGUUCGAGGAUGAUCUGCACGCACUCGGCGAUGAUCAUUUCGUGAUACAUUGCGCACCGAGAGUGUGAAAACAAAAACGGGGAGCGAGGAGGUUAAGUGCGUAGUAUUUGUUAAAGUAUAUAAUCUGGGGGUAGGCAAAACAAAAUUCCAGGUGUGUGUGUGUGUGCAUACAUAAUAAGAGCGAAACGCUGUGCGAUGCACAGGACUAGUGUAAUAGACGUCCGUCGUCGAGCAAUGACAAUCAUGACUUGCAACAGCGUUCUCUGGCCUCUGUUGCUUCUGACCUUGCUUGCAAAUUUGGUUGUCAGUGAGGAAAGCGCUCAUUGCGUAUGGUACGGGCAAUGCUUUACGGAUACAUUUAUGCACACGAAAUACUGUCCUUACGAUGGGCCAGCGAAACCAUUAGAUUCCGAAGGUCAGAAGCUGCUGGCUACACACUGUCCGCAUCUCUUGGUGGACAAUGGCAAAGGAAUUAAUACUUGCUGCGAUGCGAAACAGCUUGCUACGUUAAAUAAUAAUGUCAAGCUCGCAUCAAACUUUUUAAAACGAUGUCCUAGCUGUUUAGAUAAUUUAGUGAAACAUUUUUGCGAUUUUACAUGCGCUGUUGAUCAAAGUAGAUUUAUCAACGUUACAGAAAUAAUUAAUACAGAAAAUGAUGUAAAGUAUAUUAAUGCGAUAGACAUUUAUAUAACAAAUAAAUAUCUCGAGGGAACGUUCAAUUCGUGCAAUAAGGUAUCGGUGCCAAGCACGGGACAAUUAGCGUUGGACUUAAUGUGCGGGGAAUGGGGAGCGAGUAGAUGCACUCCUUUGAAGUGGUUCUACUUUAUGGGCGAUGCGGAGAACAAUGUUUAUGUACCUUUCCAAAUCACGUAUGUGAACACCGAUGAACCUGUUGGAUCGUUCAUACCAUUGGAUCCGCCAAUUACGCCGUGCAGUAAGGCGCUAAACAAAAACACUCCAGCUUGCAGCUGUGUCGACUGCGAACAGAGUUGUCCAGUACCACCACCGGCGCCUCCACUGCCACAACCAUUUUUAGUAUUUGGCUACGAUGGUUACGAAGUUAUAAUGACAAUUAUUUUCGUAUGUGGCACCUGCCUGUUCCUAUUUUUAGUGGUGUGUUUCAGUCACCGAAAGCGCAUAGUUGCACGAGGGGAGGAAGUAGGAAGACAGGUGGGUAGACGGCUAGCUGCCGGAUUACACCACCCAGGAGACGGUGCUCGUAUUGCCCUCGCCGCUGACCAGGAAGACAGCCCACUUCAGUCUAAGCGGUCCAGUAUUAUAUCCAACGAAGAUUUACCAACCGAUUUUGACCAAGAACAAUCUACUUUCAUUGAGAAACUUGGAGCAGGCACAGAUAAAGUUUUGCAGGAGUUCUUCUGCAAGUGGGGAACAUUCUGUGCUUCCCGACCUUGGUUGAUACUUUUCCUUGGCUUCCUAUUGAUUGUUGCCUUGGCACAUGGUAUAAAAUACGUGAAAAUUACUACGGAUCCUGUGGAAUUGUGGGCAUCUCCGAAUUCCCGAUCGCGUGUCGAAAGAGAAUAUUUCGAUAAACAUUUUGAACCUUUUUAUCGAAACGAACAAAUUAUCAUCACGUCCGUUGGUUUGCCCAAUAUUGUGCACAACACUACCAACGGACCGAUCGUAUUUGGUCCUGUAUUCAACGACACGUUUUUAAAAACGGUUUAUAAAUUGCAAGAAGGAAUCAAAAACAUCAUUACUCCAAAUAACUACACAUUGGCGGACAUAUGUUUUGCUCCUUUAACCGGACCGUUUACUGGUCCGACUACAGUCUCGAAAUGCACUAUUCAAAGUGUAUGGGGCUAUUGGCAAGACAGCUUAAGUAAAUUUGAAGAAUCGGAAGACGAAGGAAAUUAUACGGUCAACUAUUUAGAUCAUUUCCGAGUAUGCUCGCAAAAUGCAUACAAUCCUCAGUGUCUCGCGCUUUACGGCGGCCCUAUUGAACCGGCAAUUGCGGUAGGCGGAUUUUUGUCUCCGGGACAGGACCUUCACAAUCCAUCGUAUGAGAAGGCAACCGCGAUAAUACUUACUUUUCUUGUAAACAAUUAUCACAACAAGGCUAAGUUAGUUUCCGCGAUGGAGUGGGAAGAAAGCUUUAUCAAGUUUAUGAAAAAUUGGACGGCAACGGAAAAACCGGCAUUUAUGGACAUAGCAUUCACGUCCGAGCGUUCUAUCGAGGACGAACUGAACCGUGAAUCCCAAUCGGACAUUGUGACUAUUUUGGUAUCGUAUGUCAUUAUGUUCGGAUACAUUGCGGUGUCCCUCGGCCAGAUCAGAUCAUGUUCUCGUCUUCUGUACGAUUCUAAAAUCACGCUUGGACUUGGUGGCGUAAUUAUAGUAUUGGCAUCUGUGGUUUGCUCAGUCGGAUUGUUCGGUUUCAUCGGUAUACCAGCUACGCUGAUUAUUAUUGAAGUCAUACCAUUUUUGGUACUGGCGGUCGGAGUGGACAAUAUUUUUAUCCUGGUGCAAACUCAUCAGAGGGAGGCCAGACGCCCGAACGAGUCGAUUCCGCAACAUAUAGGUCGCGCAUUGGGUCAGGUCGGCCCUAGUAUGUUACUCACGAGUGUGUCAGAAAGUUGUUGCUUCUUCCUCGGUAGUCUUUCUGAUAUGCCUGCUGUGAGGGCGUUCGCUCUGUAUGCUGGAAUGGCAUUGUUAGUAGAUUUCCUACUGCAAAUUACAUGUUUUGUCAGUCUCUUAGCGCUUGACACAAUUCGACAUGCGAACAAUAGGUUAGAUGUGUGUUGCUUUAUUCGAUCCAAACGAGAUGAUGGAGAAGAGGUAGUAGAUGGAAUGCUGUACAAAAUUUUCAAAGUUGCGUACGUUCCAUUAUUGUUGCAAAAAUGGGUUCGUGCAAUCGUAAUGAUUGUAUUUUUCGGCUGGCUUUGUAGCAGCAUUGCCGUAAUACCACACAUCGAAAUCGGCCUAGAUCAGGAACUCUCUAUGCCUGAAGAUAGCUUUGUGCUCAAAUAUUUCCAGUUCUUAAAUACUUACUUAUCGAUCGGACCGCCAAUGUAUUUUGUUGUUAAAAACGGCCUAAAUUAUUCCGAUACCAAAGUACAAAAUUUAGUAUGCGGCGGACAAUACUGUAACAGCGAUUCAGUAUCAACACAAAUAUUUACAGCAUCGAAACAACCAAACAGAACAUACAUAGCUAAACCUGCUUCAUCUUGGAUAGACGAUUACAUUGAUUGGUCGGGACUGCACGGUUGUUGUAAAUAUUUCCGUACAAAUAGCUCAUUUUGUCCACAUAACGAUCGUUCGCAUUGCUCUCUUUGCAACAUCACUUUAAACGAUUAUAACAGACCAGUGCCGAGCGACUUCAAUAAAUAUGUAUCAUUCUUCCUACAAGACAAUCCCGAUGAGACUUGCGCCAAAGGAGGUCACGCAGCUUACGGUCACGGAGUGAAUUACAUUACCAAUCCCGAAACGAAGAUGUCGACGGUCGGCGCUUCGUAUUUCAUGGCGUAUCACACAAUUCUCAAGAGCUCGGCUGAUUAUUACGAAUCGAUGAGAGCAGCUCGAGUUGUAUCGGCAAACAUUACAGACAUGAUAAAUAACAAUCUCCGAAGUCGUGGUGAAAACACCACGGUAGAAGUUUUCCCGUAUAGUGUUUUCUAUGUGUUUUACGAGCAGUAUCUAACUAUGUGGCCUGACACUUUGCAAAGCAUAGGAAUCUCAUUGCUCGCUAUAUUUGUGGUUACCUUCUUACUGAUGGGCUUGGACAUUUUCUCAUCGUUGGUUGUUUUGAUAACUAUCACGAUGAUUGUUGUUAAUAUUGGUGGACUGAUGUAUUGGUGGCAUAUAACUCUGAAUGCGGUGUCUCUAGUGAACCUGGUUAUGGCAGUGGGCAUAGCCGUCGAGUUUUGCAGCCAUCUAGUGCAUUCAUUCUCAGUGUCGGUUCAAGCAACUCGAGUUGAAAGAGUUGCAGAUGCAUUGACAAACAUGGGUAGUUCAGUAUUCAGCGGUAUUACGCUCACCAAGUUUGGCGGAAUUAUAGUUUUAGGUUUCGCGAAGAGUCAGAUUUUCCAGGUGUUUUACUUCAGAAUGUAUCUGGGUAUUGUAUUAUUUGGAGCAGCGCAUGGUCUCAUCUUUUUACCAGUAUUGCUAAGUUAUAUAGGCGUGAUGUCGGGCCGAGGACGUAAAAGGGCCUGCGAACUCGCGAGCAGAAGUGAAACUAAACAUCACGAACACGAACAACCGAAUUCUCCUCUACUCCAAGACAACAAUUAUCAACGUCCGACCACUUCCUACGCCAGUAUGAAUUUUGUCAAUGCGACUGAUCACCACAUAGCGUUCUAAUACAAAUCAAUUGAGACGCCGAUUUAAUCGGAUGCAAUUUUUGUACUUAGACUGAAACAUGGAUCUGUUAAGUAAACGUAAUAGUUUUUUCUUUAUUGCGCGAAACUUACAGGAAGUUCAAAUCAUUUCUGCGAAACAAAAUUCCGAUAAUAUUAAUGGUGAACAUGUCCAUCUGACGCUCAUAUUUGGCAUUUUUAGUGACAAAUUUUGUUUAUAAUUAUAAGGUCAUUUGUAGCAUAUUUAUUCUUUUUUGGGUAAGGUUGCCUUUAUUUUUUAC